AUGGAUAAACAGAAGGCUGCCGAGAAGGCCCUCCAUGACCAGACCAACAUCCUCCCAACGGCUCAGCUGUUGGUGGUCUUCGCGGGUCUCGCAGUGUCUCUAUUGAUCACCUUUGUCGACCAGAAUGGCAUCAGUGUCACGCUCCCUACCAUCGCCAAAGAGCUCCAUGCGGCCAACACGAUCUCCUGGGCGGGCACCGCCUCGCUAAUUGCAAACACCAUGUUCUCGGUGUUGUACGGACGAUUAUCCGACAUCUUCGGCCGGAAGAUCGUAUAUCUGUCCGCGCUGGGACUGCUUUGCAUCGCCGACUUGUUGUGCGGUCUGUCCCAGAACGCUCCGAUGUUCUAUGUCUUUCGAGGACUCGCCGGUGUGGCCGGAGGAGGGGUCACUUCGCUGACGAUGAUCAUCGUUUCGGACAUCGUGACGCUGGAGAAACGAGGCAAGUAUCAGGGUAUCCUGGGAGCGUCGCUGGGCUUGGGCAAUGUCAUCGGCCCGUUCAUCGGCGCCGCGUUCACCAUGAGAUCGACCUGGAGGGGUUUCUUCUGGCUGAUUUCUCCACUGGCGGCGUGCUCCAUCGUGGUGGGUUAUUUUCUCAUCCCCGACAAUGCCCGGAAGGGCGACUUCCGGGAGAAGUUGCGACGGAUCGACUACUUUGGUAUCCUCUCGUCCUCUAUCGGCGUGAUUUUCUUGCUUAUUCCUAUCUCUGGUGGAGGUUCAUACUUCCAGUGGGACUCUGCGAUGGUGAUCAGCAUGCUGGUGAUUGGGGGAUGCGCCCUGGUCGCUUUUAUAUUCAUCGAGUGGAAGGUGUCUGUAUUGCCUAUGCUUCCUGUGGAGUUCUUCAAGAACAGGGUCAUCUCGGCACUCUUCCUGCAGAGUUUCCUGCUGGGAGCUGUGUACCAAGCCUAUCUAUAUUACCUCCCACUGUACUACCAGAACGCGCGAGGCUGGUCGCCGCUCGUCUCUGCAGCCCUCACUUGUCCGCUCGUGGUCUGCCAAUCUCUCGCCUCCAUCGCCUCGGGCCAGUACAUAUCGCGCUUCAAGCGGUACGGCGAGGUAAUCUGGACCGGAUUCGGCCUCUGGACCCUCGGCGCUGGCCUUAUCCUUCUCUACAACCACAGCAUCAGCCCCGGGGCAAUCGUUGUCAUUGGCGGGGUUAUGGGCAUCGGUAUCGGAUUCACCUUCCAGCCCACGCUCGUCGCCUUCCAGGCGCAUUGCACGCUCAAGCAGCGCGCGGUGGUCAUCUCGGACCGGAACUUCUUCCGCUGUCUGGGCGGUGCAUGCGGCCUCGCCGUGUCGGCUGCUAUCCUCCAGGCGGUUCUCAAGUCGAACCUGCCGGAAGGGUACAAGCACCUGUCGCAUUCGACCUACUCGCUCCCGGCGCGGGCGGGGGUGUCGGACUCCGACUGGGCACAGAUCGUCACGGCAUAUGUCAAGGCGUCGCACGGGGUCUUUAUUCUGCAGGUGCCUCUCAUCGGAGUGGCUUUUCUUGCCUGUACGUUGAUCCGGGACCGGGGUCUGGAACGGCCCAAGGAUCCUGCGGAGAUAGAGGAGGAUCGGAAGAAAGUGGCUGAUAAAGGGGAUAACGUCGAGGGACCUUUUGACAAGCCGGCCGAUCCGUCGGAUCCUGAACGCGGCGUGAAACAGUCUGCUCUAUCUACGGACCGGGAGAAAGCAUAA